AUGGUGUCGCGGGGGCUCUUCGGCUGGUCGCCGCCGCACGUGCAGCCGCUGACGCCCGUGUCCGAGACCUCCGAGCCGCCCGAGUCGCCCUCCCCCUACGCCGCCGACUUCGGCUCCGGGGACGGCGCCGCGCCGCCGGGCCCCGGCGACGACGGCGGGCCCGGGCUCGACGACGGGGACGACGACGAGGGUCCCGAGCCGCCGCCCGCCGCCGUGCCCUUCAAGCGCCUCUUCGCCUGCGCCGACCGCCUCGACUGGGCGCUCAUGGCCGCGGGCGCCGUGGCGGCCGCCGCGCACGGGGUCGCCCUCGUCGUCUACCUCCACCUCUUCGGCAGGGCCAUCAACACGCUCCACGGACGCCACAGCCACGAGCUCUUCGACAGCAUCAAGCAGCAUGCUUUAUACUUCCUCUAUAUAGCCAUUGGUGUUUUCUUUGCUGGAUGGAUAGAGGUUUCAUGCUGGAUUUUGACUGGGGAAAGGCAGACAGCAGUGAUAAGAUCAAAGUAUGUCCAAGUCUUGCUAAACCAAGACAUGAGUUUCUUUGAUACCUAUGGAAACAAUGGUGAUAUUGUCAGUCAAGUGCUGAGUGAUGUCUUACUCAUUCAGUCUGCUCUAAGUGAGAAGGUUGGAAACUACAUCCACAACAUGGCUACCUUUUUUGGUGGUCUUGUUAUUGGUUUGGUGAACUGUUGGCAAAUAGCUCUUUUGACAUUAGCUACUGGACCCUUCAUUGUUGCUGCAGGAGGAAUAUCAAAUAUAUUUCUCCAUAGGCUGGCAGAAAAUAUUCAGGAUGCGUAUGGCGAGGCAGCAAGCAUUGCAGAACAGGCAAUAUUAUACAUCAGAACUUUGUACUCCUUUACAAAUGAGACGUUGGCAAAAUAUUCUUAUGCUACUUCACUUCAAGCAACUCUGCGCUAUGGUAUUCUGAUAAGCCUGGUGCAAGGUCUUGGUCUCGGAUUUACAUAUGGGCUUGCCAUCUGUUCUUGUGCCUUGCAACUUUGGGUUGGGAGAUUCCUUAUCUCUCAUGGAAGAGCCAAUGGUGGUGAAAUUGUGGUUGCCCUAUUUGCUAUUAUUCUGAGUGGACUUGGUCUUAAUCAAGCCGCAACAAACUUCUAUUCCUUUGAGCAAGGACGUAUAGCUGCAUACAGACUCUAUGAAAUGAUAAGUCGUUCAACUUCUACUGUAAACCAGGAUGGGCGUACCUUAUCUUCAGUACAAGGCAACAUUGAGUUCCGUAAUGUCUACUUCAGUUAUCUCUCCCGCCCAGAAAUCCCCAUCUUAAGUGGGUUCUACCUUACUGUACCUGCCAGAAAGACUGUUGCUCUUGUUGGUAGAAAUGGUUCAGGAAAAAGCAGCAUAAUACCUCUCAUGGAGCGAUUCUAUGACCCAACCUUAGGUGAAGUACUUUUGGAUGGGGAGAAUAUAAAGAACUUGAAGCUAGAGUGGUUAAGAAGCCAAAUAGGACUUGUGACUCAGGAACCAGCAUUGUUGAGCUUGAGCAUUCGGGAAAAUAUUGCAUAUGGAAGAUCUGCAACAACCGACCAGAUUGAAGAGGCAGCCAAAACAGCUCAUGCACAUACUUUCAUCAGUUCACUAGAAAAGGGAUAUGAAACACAGGUUGGUCGUGCUGGGCUUUCUCUGACGGAGGAACAAAAGAUAAAGCUCUCCAUUGCUCGUGCUGUGCUCUCAAAUCCAUCAAUUCUUUUGCUGGAUGAGGUUACUGGUGCUCUUGAUUUUGAGGCAGAGAAAGCUGUUCAGGAAGCACUAGAUGUUUUGAUGCUUGGGAGGUCUACUAUCAUCAUAGCUAGACGUCUCAGCCUUAUCAGGAAUGCUGAUUAUAUAGCAGUGAUGGAGGAAGGCCAACUUGUUGAGAUGGGGACACAUGAAGAACUGUUAAAUCUUGAUGGUCUUUAUGCUGAACUUCUUAAGUGUGAAGAAGCAGCAAAACUUCCGAAGAGGACGCCUAUGAGAAACUACAAAGAGCCCAGCUCCUUCCAAAUUGAACGGGAUUCAUCAGCAAGUCAUAGUUUCCAGGAGUCAUCUUCUCCUAUCAUGUCAAAAUCACCAUCACUUCAGAAAACACAUGGUUUUCUUGCAUUCAGAAAUUCUGAUGCUAACCGUUCGCGUGAGUCGCCAAACAUUCAGAGUCCUCCUUCAGAGCAAAUGGCUGAAAUCAGACUACCUAUGGUUGCUUCUGAGAGAGCUCCAUCCAUCAAAAGGCAGGAUAGUUUUGAACUAAAACUACCUGAUCUUCCCAAAAUCGAUGUCCCCCUACACAGACAGUCUUCAAAUACUUCAGAUCCAGAAUCGCCAAUAUCACCAUUAUUGAUUUCUGAUCCAAAAAAUGAGCGUUCCCACUCAAAAACUUUCAGCCGAACUCUUGAUAUGUUCGAUAAUUUUCAUGCUGAUGUAUCAAAGAAGCAUCAAACAAAAACUCCAUCAUUUUGGAAGCUUGCAGAGCUGAGCCUUACAGAGUAUUUUUAUGCUCUGUUGGGGAGUGCUGGUGCUGCUUGCUUUGGUUCGUUUAAUCCUCUUCUUGCUUAUACAAUAUCUUUAAUAGUGGUGGCGUACUACAGAAUAGGUGUCCGCGAUGUGCAUGAUGAAGUGAACAAGUACUGCUUAUUCAUUGUUGGCAUGGGUAUAAUUACUGUGCUGGCCAACUUUUUGCAACACUUCUACUUUGGUAUAAUGGGAGAGAAAAUGACUGAGCGUGUAAGAAGGAUGAUGUUCUCAGCAAUUCUGCGCAAUGAAGUUGGGUGGUUUGAUGAUGAGGAAAAUAGUGCGGACAUUUUAUCAAUGCGACUUGCAAAUGAUGCAACAUUUGUCCGUGCUGCUUUCAGUAACAGGCUUUCUAUAUUCAUCCAAGAUACAUCAGCCAUUUUUGUGGCACUUCUUCUUGGUAUGCUGCUAGAAUGGCGUGUUGCUCUUGUUGCACUGGCAACUUUGCCUAUUCUUGUGAUUUCUGCAGUGGCACAGAAAAUGUGGCUUUCUGGUUUUUCUAGAGGGAUUCAGGAGAUGCACAGGAAAGCUUCUUUAGUUCUUGAAGAUGCAGUCAGGAAUAUCUAUACCGUUGUGGCAUUCUGCGCUGGUAACAAAAUAAUGGAGCUUUACAGAUUGCAGCUUGGAAGUAUCCUUACAAAAAGCUUCGUUCAUGGGAUGGGCAUCGGUUUUGCCUUUGGCUUCUCUCAGUUCCUUCUCUUCGCCUGCAACGCGCUUCUGUUGUGGUAUACAGCCGUUGCUGUUCAGGACGGACAUCUUACCCUGGUAACAGCACUCAAAGAGUACAUAGUCUUCUCUUUCGCGACGUUUGCACUGGUGGAGCCAUUUGGUCUUGCGCCGUAUAUUCUCAAGCGUCGGAAAUCCCUGACUUCAGUGUUUGAAAUCAUUGACCGUGUCCCCAAAAUUGAUCCAGAUGAUGCCAGUGGCCUCAAACCCCCCAAUGUGUACGGUAGCAUUGAGUUCAGGAGUGUUGAUUUCUGCUACCCUACUCGCCCUGAGAUGAUGGUUUUGAGUAAUUUCAGCCUUAAAGUCAACGGAGGACAAACUAUUGCCGUGGUAGGUGUAUCUGGGUCAGGAAAGAGCACGAUAAUUUCUCUGAUCGAGAGAUUCUACGAUCCCACUGCUGGCCAAGUUCUGCUGGAUGGGCGUGAUCUGAAGUUGUUCAAUGUGAGAUGGCUGCGGAGCCACAUGGGGCUGGUUCCUCAGGAUCCUGUUAUAUUCUCCACAACCAUAAGAGAGAACAUAAUAUAUGCACGGCACAAUGCAACAGAGUCGGAGAUGAAAGAGGCUGCCAGGAUUGCAAACGCUCACCAUUUCAUCAGCAGCCUGCCUCAUGGCUACGACACACAUGUGGGGAUGCGUGGUGUGGACCUGACUCCCGGGCAGAAACAGCGGAUCGCCAUUGCCCGUGUGGUGCUGAAGAACGCGCCCAUCGUGCUACUCGACGAGGCCAGCUCCGCCAUCGAGUCCGAGUCAAGCAGGGUGGUGCAGGAGGCCCUUGACACGCUGAUCAUGGGGAACAAGACGACGAUCCUCAUCGCGCACAGGGCAGCCAUGAUGAAGCACGUGGACAACAUCGUGGUGUUGAAUGGCGGCAAGAUCGUCGAGCAAGGGACGCACGACUCGCUGGUGCAGAUGAAUGGUCUGUAUAUCAAGCUGAUGCAGCCUCACUUCACCAAAGGAUUCCGCCAACGUAGACUGAUAUAGACGCAGCGGUAGAUUCUGUACAUUGUUCCAUGGAAUUUAAGCUAAUCGAGUUCUACUUCACUAACUGGUCACGGGCGACACGGAAGGCAGCUGACUGUUACAGCAAGAGAUGACAGAGCGAUUUGUGAAACAUAAUAGGAUUGUUGCAGGCUAUUGACUGGAUGCAUGGUAUUGCCUGGGGCUUUGAUGGAGCUGGAACACCAUGGCGUGAACUUGAGUUAUGAAUUACAUCACAUCAGACCCACCACCAAUACUUUGUGAUUUAUGCAUUCAGAUGAAUAGUUUCUUUUGAACUUCAAGAUACGUGGCUGCCUAUUCAUUCCCUUUUUGCAAUAGCUGAUUAUUAGAUUGGCUUUUCUACUUACUUUGGUGUAGCUUGGAGCUGGAGAUAAUAUUUUUUGGCUGUUUAGGAGGAUGGGUGUGAAGCGUAGUUCGGUAGCCUGAGGCAUAGCUAUAGAAGUAGUGGGGGACUUUUUUUUUUGUAAGGCAUUGCUUAAUUAAUGUUGUGCUAGCCUAGCCUAGGACUAUUCUGUUCAUCAUGUUCAUAUACACUCAAAACUCUUAAUUUGUUACAGUGUGUUUUGCACCAUUUUACCAAGGUUUCUUUUAGAUUGCUGGAAUAUUAGAUUUAA